AUGAAUUCGCCCUUCACCGCGCUACCCGGGGGCGUCUAUGGCUUCGUGUACGCGGACGACAUCAUAUUGGUGGCCCUCGGGAAGACGAACCCGCGCACAAGAAUAUCUCUGCAGGCCAUCGUCAACGCAGUCGGCCGAUCGGCACUUGCCACUGGAUUCAACAUGGCCGCCACCAAGUGCGCCAUAUCAUGCAGCACAUAUCACCCAGCCAACGCUCGUCCAAGCCGCCUCAACGAUACAGUAAUUCCGUUCCGAAAGAAACCGGUCGUCCUCGGGAUCACCCUCGACCGGAAACUGACAAUGAUACCACACUUCCGGCGACUGAAAAAAGACUGCCAGAGCAGAAAGCGGACCAUUUGCGCCCACCACCUUAAAAACAACCGCCGAGCAGCACUGAACGUGGGACGAUCUUUUAUCCACAGUACAAUCUUCUACGAGAUCGAGAUGACUUGCCGAAACCUAGACGGACUCUCCGACAUCCUCGGGCCCUUAUACCACGGAGCGGUGCGGCUAGCCUCCGGUCUACUACCGAGUACCCCGGCCGAAGCUGCCUGUGUAGAGGCAGGAGUACUACUCUGCCGCUGGGAAACAGCCAGGGUGGCCUUCAGAAGAGCACUAAGCUUCCUGGAGAAGACUUCGGGGGACGAAUGCCCCUUCUCACCACCGCCUCCAACCUGCAUCAAGAGUUCACAUCACACUCAAAUCUUUACCGACGGUUCCAAAGCAAACGACGGUGUAAGAGCGGGGAUCAGCGGCUUGAGGAACGGUCUCUCCUUCCGCCUACCUCUCUCCUGCUCAGUUUUCUCGGCGGAAGCGGCCGCCAUUGCAGUAGGAAUGAUCAAAAGACCCACCGAUACACCGGCGGCCAUCUUUACAGACUCGCUCUCGGUCCUGAGGGACGUCGCUAGCGGGACCUCCAAACAUCCCUUCGUUCAGGCCAUCGAGACACUUCGAGACCCAUUGGUUACCAUCUGCUUGGUUCCGGGCCACAGCGGCAUCAAGGGUAAUACAGAUGCCGACCGAUUAGCCCUCAUCGGCAGACGGGCCCGGACCCGGCUUCCUAAUGAGACUCCAACCAUUGACAUCAUCAGGGAAUUCAACACCAGCGUACAGAACGGAUUCACCAACCACUGGCGGAGAUCUCGAAAUCACACCCAAAAAAUCAAAGGCUCAGCCGACACCUGGACCGAGCAAGACAGCCAGAGGGAACAAAAAAUACUCUCUCGACUCCGCGUGGGGCACACACGAGUAACCAUCGCACACACCGUGUCCAGCGAGCCCGUCCCAGAAUGUGCCUCCUGCAACCCCGUCGAACACCUGCUGUGCAACUGCCGAGAACUGGAGGACCUACGGCGUCAGUACGGCCUGACGGGUCCGAUACGGGACAUCCUAUCCAACGACCCGAUUCGGAAGGAGGCACUCCUCCUCUUCCUAAAGGACGCCGGCCUAUACGACCGCAUUUAA